AUGUCAUUGGCAAGUAUUCCAUCUAAUGGUAAAGUCGCAGUAAUAGGAGCCGGAGUUUCGGGACUUUCUCUAGCCUACUUUCUUCUGAAACUUCGUCCAGAUGUGAAUAUUGAAAUCUUUGAGAAAGAAAGUCGGGUGGGUGGUUGGAUAAAGUCAGAAAACUUACAAAUUGGAUCUGGCAGUCAGACGCAAAAGCUCAUAUUCGAAAAGGGGCCAAGAACUCUUAGAGGAGUAAGUCCGGGCACUCUUCUUAUAGUGGAUAUAUUGAAGCAGCUUAACAAGGCUGCUGAAAUAGAGGUGAUAACCAAGACUUCUCCUGCCAACAAAAAGUAUAUCUUGAGUGAAUCGCGUGGAAUCUUGCAAGUUCCAGAUAGCAUUGGGAGUUUUUUCAAGUUUCUCUUUAAUAGUGGACUCUUCAAUUCUCAGCUAGUCUUUGGGAUAUUAAAAGAGCCUUUCCGGAAAAAGGGACCGGCUGGUGAUGAAUCUAUCGACAGUUUCUUCUUGAGGAGAUUUGGCACUGGUGUGUUGACUAAUAAUGUGGUAAGUGCUGUAAUGCACGGAAUUGUAGCUGGAGACACUGCUCAUUUAAGCAUUAACACUAUGUUUCCAAAAUUGAAGCAAUUGGAACAAGAGCAUGGCUCUAUAAUUAGAGGCAUGGUUGCAAGAGCCUGGGCUAGUAGAAAAAAAGCCCAAGAAGUUUUAGCCGAUGAGAACGUGCCUAAGGCUCUUCAAUUGUAUGAGAAGUAUAUUUCACCUGAGGCUCAUUUAGACAAAAUGUCCAUUAGUCUUAAAAAGUACCCCAUGAUCAGAUUGAAUGAUGGUUUGGAAGGCUUCCCUGCUUCUGUAUAUGAAUACUUGGCUCAACAGAAGAAGGUCAAUUUUAAUUUCAACAGUGACAUAGUAGCCUUGGAUCCGGAAAAGGGUUCGAUAACUUUCAAAAAUAGUUCAACGGCUGUAUUUGACCACAUCAACACCUCUACCAGUGCCAAUGUCUUGACAAAGAUUCUCCCCAAAACUAGUGCCUAUGAUGAAGUGAAGCGCUCGCUCGCUUCUAUCCCAUAUGUUAGUGUUUUCUUAGUCAAUAUCUACACUCCAUCAGGCAAAUUGAUCCCUAAAAACAACCACGGUUUUGGCUUCUUGGUUCCCAAACUUUCUGGAAAUAUUGACAGCAACCCGGAUUUACUUUUGGGAGUAAUUUUUGACUCAGAUGUGGAAAAGAAUUCUGUGCAAAUGCUGACUUUCGCUACUUCUCCUCAUAUUAAUGAAGGAUAUAGUAAGAUUACUUUGAUGAUGGGAGGUCACUACUAUAACGACUUCCUGAUCCCUUCCAAUAGCAGGAAUCUAAAGAUUGUGAAAGGCUUGCUUUCGAAGUAUUUGGAUAUAGACAUCGAUAAUUACAAUUUCAUCUUGAGGGACGAAGCCACACUAGACGAUAAGAAAAUCGGUCUAUUGACUGAAAAUGAUAUCCUCAUAUCCUACAAUCUUCACGAAAAAUGCAUUCCCCAGUAUACUGUGGGUUACAAUGAAGCCAAAGAGACUACAUUGGGUGUUUUGGAAAAACUCAAUUCAAAGCUAUCGUUUGGCGGAACACUUUUUGGUGCUGGUAUUGGAGUUCCAGACGCUGUUAGCAACGGAUUGGAAAUUGCAUUAAAACUAAAAUAA